UCGACAGUCGGAAAACUCCCUAAAACGAAACAGUCAACACUUGGCUGCUUCUUGUCAAAAUCUAACCACGGGAAACGUAGCUAGCAAGGAAAAUAUUAAUUUGUUUACCAUUCCUCUGUAUGGAUAAGUAAUUUGCCAGCUUUUUGAGCACAAAGUGUAAUCUACAACUAAACAUGGAUUUCAACGUCAAAAGGUUAGCAGCAGACGCCGGUACUUUAUUCAGUCGUGCGGUUCAAUUUACAGAGGAAAAACUUGGGCAAGCUGAGAAGACUGAGUUGGAUGCUCACCUGGAGAACCUUCUGUGCAGAGCAGAAUGCACCAAGCAAAACACGGAGAGAAUCAUGAAGCAGACAGAGGUUCUACUACAACCAAACCCAAAUGUCAGAAUAGAGGAAUUUCUGUACGAGAAACUGGAGAAGAAAGUCCCCACGCGGAUGAACAACCACGAGGUGCUUGGCCAGUCCAUGAUCGAGUCGGGGAGUGAGUUUGGCCCUGGAACGGCCUAUGGAAACGCACUUAUUAAAUGUGGCGAGACGGAGAAGCAGAUUGGAGGAGCGGAGAGAGAGUUCAUCCAGAGCUCAGCCAUCAACUUCCUCACGCCAUUCAGGAACUUUCUAGAAGGAGACUUCAAAACCAUCCUGAAAGAACGGAAGCUUUUGCAGGUGAAGCGUUUGGAUCUGGACGCAGCAAAAACCAGGCUAAAGAAGGCCAGAGUUCCUGACGCUAGAGCAGUGGCGGAGCAGGACCUAAGGAUGACCCAGAGUGAGUUUGAUAGACAGGCUGAGAUCACCAGGCUGCUCCUGGAGGGGGUCAGCAGCACCCAUGCACACCACCUCCGCUGUCUGACUGACUUUGUGGAGGCCCAGACUACAUACUAUGCCCAGUCUUACCAGUACAUGGUUGACCUCCAGAAGCAACUGGGGAGCUUCCCGUCUACGUUCUCCUCCAACAACAACCAGUCGUCUAGUAGUUCCGGUGGGGCCAGUAUCUCAGUACCCACCAUCCCCUUGUCUGCCUCCAUGCUCAGCCCCUCUCCCGGCCUGGGCUUGUCAGGCUUCAGUGAGCUCCGGGUCUCCAGCGGCAGCCGUAAAGCCCGCGUACUCUAUGACUACGAUGCUGCUGGCAGCAGUGAACUCUCCCUGCUCGCUGAUGAGGUCAUCAUGGUGAGCAGUGUCCCAGGCAUGGACUCUGAUUGGCUGAUGGGCGAGCGGGGUACCCAGAUGGGUAAAGUGCCCAUCACCUAUCUGGAGCUGUUGAACUGAUCAGAGCGUAGUGAUGCCUGUAUGUGGGAGAGACUCAAGAGAGUCCAGACUGCGGGGCCCGUAUUCAUAAUGCAUCUCAGAGUAGGUCCUAGGAUCAGUUUUACAGUUUAGAUUAUAACUAUAUGAACAGGCGGGAUCUGAUUACCUGAUCCUAGUUCAGCAGUCAUACUCUGAGACGCUUUGUUAAUACAGGCACCAGGAUCCAGAGGAAAGCAACAAGCAAGCCCAGUGUAGUAGAGCAAGGUUUCCCUAUUUAUACUGUCUACCACGGGAUAUGGUCUGCUCCAUGCUAAUUCUGUCAAUUCAUCAGGAGAAUUGUAACUCAAUGGAAAACAGUGACAAUGACAUUGUGAAUUGAAAUUCGUCAAAGGAAUUGGAUGGAUUGAAUUGGAACUGACCCUAUCCCUGCCGUGCCAUGUAUGCAACUGUUUAUACAAGCCGCUUCGAUGUUUUUCGCUCAAUGCAAUCUUAAUUCAAUAUGUGCCAGACUUUCUCCACAACCUUCCAUUUGUACAACCGAACCUUUUGUUUAAAAUACAAUUCAGAUGUUGAUCUUAAAGUGCUUUUUGAUGUGAUUUUUUUCUUUCUUUUUUCUACACUGCCAAUUAUAGUCCAGUUUGUAAUAUGGUUGAAUUGCUAGACAUGUCUUUUUUUUGUAUUUUCAACAAGACAAAAAAGCACUUUAAUUUGCAUAGGACGACUUAAAAAUAAACUAAUCUUAACUUGAAGUAUUAUUUUGUAGAUCAUAAUCAGGGGCGGCAGGUAGCCUAGUGGUUAGAGUGUUGGGUCAGUAACCGAAAGGUUGCUAGAUCAAAUCCCCGAGCUGACAAGGUAAAUAUCUGUCGUUCUGC